AAGGUACACGAGGUCCUCACACUGGGUACUCGGAGCUCAGUCAGUUCAUUCACUUUUAUAUCAUUGGUCAGUUCCUUUAACCAAUAUGGCGGACGAACAUGAAAUAUGUGGUUUCAAGACGAUCCAAGUAAAAUUCGAUGAAAGUACAGAAGCUUCUCAUGUUUUGUAUUUAAAGCCUCAUUCAGUUCGUGAAGAAGAUGAGCGCACACCAAGUCAAAGGACUUUAUUUGUUUUAAACGUACCUUCUUACUGCAACAAGGGGGCGCUGAGAAACGUGUUCGGUUCUUGUGGACCCAUUCAAAGUGUUUACAUUCAAAAGCAACCUGGUGGAGUCGCUGAAGUUAAGAAAUCUUUCUUUAACUGGGAAAAUAAACUUGCGGGUUUCAAAGUUGCGUAUGUUGUGUUCAAGAAGAAGACCUCUUUAGAAAAAGUGCUCAAGCUUGACGGAGAUCAGAUUUACUAUUUUUCAACAAAGGAAAAACCUGUUGAAACAGGAAUUCUCAAAUGGUGCAAAGAGUGUGUCUCAAUUUAUCCAAAUCCUACAAAAUUACAAAAGGAAAUUGAUGUAUUCAUGAAGGGAUUUGAUAAGAAUAAAGAAGAGGAGAAAGAGAGGCUAAACAAGUUGCAAUCGGAACCAGAUGAAGAUGGAUGGAUUACUGUGGGAAAAGGUGGACGAAAACCUGCUGCAAGCAAAGUGGAAGCAAAAGAAAUUUUGCAAAAGAAAAGGAAGAAACAGAAGCAUCAGCUUUAUUUUUAUAAUUUUCAACAACGGGAAACCAGGAGAGAGCAUAUAGCACAACUACGGAAAAAAUUUCAAGAGGACAAGGAGAAGAUUGAAAAAAUGAAAGCAACGAGGAAGUUCAGGCCUUAUUAUAGAAAACGAUUUUAUGAAAAAGUCGAUGUUGCUCAAACAAAAAAUGGUUAUCAAAUCAUGCUUGAUGAUAAAACUGUAAAAACACCAUAUGGAAAGUACUUAUGUGUGCCUUAUGAAUCAUUAGCAGCGGCUUUGUCCGUAGAAUGGGAUGCUCAGGAAGACGUCAUCAAGCCUGAGUUCAUGCAUUUGACCGCUCUUACUAACACAGUUAUUGACGACCCACUUGGUAAAACUCCAGAAGCCAGAAUAGAAGAUGUUUUGGAGUACUUGAUGACUGACACAGUUUGUUUUCUAUCUGAAGAACCAGAAGACUUACUUGCAUUGCAAAGUAAAGAAUGGGGACCAUUGUGGGAAUGGUUUAAUGACAGAUUUGCUGUUUCGCUCGUACCUACAAACUCCUUGCUGGUGGAAAUAUCUCCUGAGAUAAGAACUACCUUGCAGGAUUAUGUAUCAUCAUUUAACAAAUGGUCUUUAACUGGAUUUGAGUAUGCUGUUGAAUCUGCGAAAUCAGUUGUAAUUGCAUGUGCACUAGCAGAAAAAGAAAUAACUGUUGAAAAAGCAUCAUCACUAUCAAGAUUGGAAGUUGAAUUUCAAAUAAAACAAUGGGGCAAUGUUGAAUGGGCACAUGAAGUUGACCUGAUGGACUUAAGAAGUCGUUUAGCAGCAGCAACACUUUUUUUCCAUCUCACAAAUGGCAGUACAUUGGAUGGUUUGCUAACACGGAACUGGGAAAAUAAACUUGCGGGUUUCAAAGUUGCGUAUGUUGUGUUCAAGAAGAAGACCUCUUUAGAAAAAGUGCUCAAGCUUGACGGAGAUCAGAUUUACUAUUUUUCAACAAAGGAAAAACCUGUUGAAACAGGAAUUCUCAAAUGGUGCAAAGAGUGUGUCUCAAUUUAUCCAAAUCCUACAAAAUUACAAAAGGAAAUUGAUGUAUUCAUGAAGGGAUUUGAUAAGAAUAAAGAAGAGGAGAAAGAGAGGCUAAACAAGUUGCAAUCGGAACCAGAUGAAGAUGGAUGGAUUACUGUGGGAAAAGGUGGACGAAAACCUGCUGCAAGCAAAGUGGAAGCAAAAGAAAUUUUUCAAAAGAAGAGGAAGAAACAGAAGCAUCAGCUUUAUUUUUAUAAUUUUCAACAACGGGAAACCAGGAGAGAGCAUAUAGCACAACUACGGAAAAAAUUUCAAGAGGACAAGGAGAAGAUUGAAAAAAUGAAAGCAACGAGGAAGUUCAGGCCUUAUUGAUACAUGUUUGUUCUUUAUAAAUUCUUGCCAAAACAGCUUGGAUUUUUUCUUUCACAUAAGCUAAUGGUAGUCUUUCUGGUAAUUUAUUUUAAUGGUUUUGCAUGUUAAACUAAAAAGCACCAAUUUCUUAUCUCAUUAGGUGACAUAUGACUAAAUGCUGACCAUUUACGUGCUAUCUCUAGUGACUUUCUAAGUAGGACUCUGAAAGAUCCCACAAGUUACUGCUAGGAUCCUGAAUCUUGUAAAGGAUUUUGACCCUAAACGUAUUUUGUACUGAGCCUAGAUGCCAAAAAUAAUAUGUCUUUAGCAUGUUAUAAAUUGCCAGGAAGACACUCAUUUUGUUCAACUACAAAUUCUAAGUGUUGCUUGGAAGAUAAAGCUUCUCUUUCAAAAUCAAAAAUGCAAGUAGGUAUAUCAUUAAAAUGUUAUUUGUAAGGAUUGUAUUUUGGGAUGAACAUGGUUGAAAAACAUAGCAAAAUAUUUCAUGUUGAUCUCCUUGAACUUGACUGUUCAAAGUGAUCUUAUGGUUUACGUGGUCUUUGGCAUAACUUUAUUCUUAUUGAAGUUGUGCAUUUUGUACUACUGUUGAAUGUAGCGUCCGCCAAAAAAAUUAUAUAUUUUUGACUUAUCCUACAGUCAAAACAUUUCAAA